UGGUCACAGUUGAAGUGGACACUACUUCCUCUUUCCUUUCUGCUCUCGAAUCGAAUGUACAUAUGUGGUACCGGUGUUACAGUCAAAAUAUAAUCAAAGAAUAUAUAAAUAAUCAAUGAACAAAAAAAACAAAUAAAAAAGUGUUUUUUUAAUUUAAUAUCAUAACUAGUUAACCAAUAAAGGAUACCAACUCUGAAGAAAACGAUAACGUUUAUGAAGGUAGAUGCCGAAACGAAAUUAUUAGUGACAAAGGUCGUGACGAAGUGGGUCGUUCAAAAUUGUCGACCAUUUAGUAUUAUCAGCGAUUAAGGUCUUGAAGACGUUAUAUCAGUUCCUGAUAUAUUGAUAUAUUGAUAUUUUAAGUCGUUUUGGACCAAACGUAAACAUUAGCAGCCUGCUACCUCAUCCAACAACGAGAUCGCGUAACGACACAGACUUAUACAAUAAGGAACUUCAAGCUGUCACAGAAGAAAUAGCCUUAAUGAAAGGCAAUGACUACACUAUCACGUCAGACGCAUGGACAGAUACCUUUUCGCAGACGUCCUAUUUAGUCCUUCACACUAUUUAUUUAAAGGAAGCAUGAAAACCCGUCUGCUGGAAAUGAUCUGCAUUAAAGGCACAUUAAUUCGCACUAAGGUGGAACAAUGUUUGAAUUCUUUUGGGUUAGAUUUAAACGACGCCAUCAUUGUUACAGACAGUGGAUCAAACAUGAUAUCUGCAUUUAAGGAAUCAGCUCAGAUUCAUUGUGUUGUCGAGAAAAAUUAGCUUGUAUAUACUUAGUUUUAAGCAAGGGCACAGAUACCCUACAUAAAGAAAAAAGAGAGAAGAAAAAUGGCCACACUAUGAAAAGACAAGAAGGUCACAUUAGUUUGAGCAGUCGAAGAAAGAGCGGGUAGAAAAGACGAAGCGUGCGUAGAUAUAUUACCUACAUAUAAGAAUAAAAUGUAUUAACCUCCUUUUGCAAAUAGGAAAUAAAACGCAACCAACGCCUAAGUACCUAUGAAGAUAAGCGAUUGUGUUUUAUCCGCAAUUCUCACGUUCCUGGACUCAACAUCUUUUAUUUCGCUUCUUGGAAGCCAAUGACGCUAGAGUUCUUGGAGUUUGUAUGAAGACGGGCAGAGACUCGUGGUGCAAGCACUGAAGUAUACUGGACAUUGGAGAAGCGACGGAACCCACAAGGAGACGGUCAUCUCGCUCGUGGGUGGAUAAUAAACAUUGCAGAACACGGAGGCCAACGUGGGUGCGCACGUCAGGCAGCUGAAAAAAGCGCACAUUUAUAUGUAUGUAUGCGAGAUCGUGCACAUACUGCCAUCUCGCUCUAACCAACGAAGUUCUUGCGGGCCAGCAACUAGAGGCUUGAGUGCGCAGUUGGCUGAUGAAAUCGAGUGAAAAUUUCUGGAUUGUGGUUUGUUUGGUAAGUGCCAAUUUGAUUGUUGAUUUGGGGAAAGGUUAGUCUACGGGUGAUGAUUACCAGAGCAAUGAGCAAAUUAAGGGCAACGGAUGAAAUGGACGAGGACAACGUUGAGAUGGGAAAAGUGGAAAGAGAAUCCGCGCAAGGUGAAGCCUCAAAUAUGGAGGGGGCCGGGCCCGGCACAUCAAAAGAAGCCCAAUCACAUGGCGUUGUUAACGUUAUGAUGGAGAUGUGGCGCCAAAUGCAAGAAGGUCAGCGGGCCAAUGCAAUGCAAAUGCAGCAGUUCCAAAUGGAAGUUCUGCGGAUGAAUCAAAUUCAAAUGGAAAAAACUAAUAUACGUCUGCGAUCCCUUGGUAUUAGUGGAAGGACAACUGGCGAGCCAGGACCACAAUCAACCAUGGCUGAGCCCUCAGCGAUAUCAGACGCAGUCUCAUCACCAAGGCAACCGGUUCCUUCUCAGGAAACGCAAAGAAAAUUGUACGAUCUACCGGAGUUUAAUGGUGCUCCCGAAGAGUGGCCAAUGUUCAACGAAGCUUUCACUAUGACCACUGCAGAGUACGGAUACAGUGACAGGCAAAAUUUGUUACGCCUCCAAAAGGCAAUAAAGGGCAAGGCUAGGGAGACCGUUGAAUGUUUGCUUAUUCACAGUUCUAACGUUUCAAAUAUUUUAGAGACCCUUAAACAAAAUUUUGGUAGACCGGAGAAACUCGUAAAAAGCCAGAUUAGUCACGUUAGAGAAUUUCCGAGCAUUCGCGAAGGGAGAUUGGAACAAUUAGUAGAGUUCAAAAUGAAGGUACAAAACUUGGCUUCAUUCUUAGAAGCAGCUAACGAACAUCAGCAGUUAAAAAACCCAAAAUUAAUGGAGGAGUUAAUCUUAAAGUUGCCAGUGCAACAGAGACUGGAGUGGGCACGCCAUUCCAAGCAACUAGGAGAUGAAAAAUCGAUCAGUCAUUUAAGUCUAUGGCUUCAGGGAUUGGCCGAAGAAGUGCAAGACGCAGGAUUGGUUGACGAUCAGGCGACGUUCAAGCCAAAGAAGGAAAAGUCGAGACUAUUCCAUGCAAACGACAUCGGACUUGUAACCAUGAAGGCGUGCUCCGCAUGCAAUGGGAAACACGACUUGGAAAACUGUAACUCAUUUGCCCAGUUAGAACUUGAAAAAAAAUGGCAGCAUGUAAGGGAAAGAAAAUUAUGCUUCAAUUGCCUAAAGUACGGCCAUCGUAGUCAAAAAUGUAGACGACAUCACCAAUGUGGACUUGAUGGAUGUGCCAAACGCAUUCACCGUUUGCUCCAUGCAGAAUCAGUUAAUCAACCAGGCGAGGAAGUAAAGUUCACAGGAACAGCAACGCAUGAGGCUAGCUCACUGAUUUUGUUUAAGAUAUUGCCUGUUAAUCUUCAUGCUAAAAAUAAAAUAGUUUUCUUACGUAAGGUUAGAGUAAAGGCAUUAAAAUCGAUUAUUAUUCGGAACGGUAUUCCUUCAAGGUAAAUCUUAAAUUUAUUCAAUGAGUAGAUUAUGGUUAGAGUUUCUAAUUCAUAACUAUGAUACCAACUUUCUGCUGGUGUUGUUGCUUGAGAAAAAUAUGAGAUUGUAUGAAAUUUGUUAUCAUCCUGUUUUUGUAAUAGAAUUCUUCCAAACCCUUCGAAACUAGCGUCACAAUGCAAUUUUGUUUUCUUAGUCGGACUAUACAGGGCUAGAACUGGUGCUGAGGCCAGUCUCUCACAGAGAUAAUUAAAUAUUGUCACACAUUUGUCGUCUAGCUCAAAUUUCCCUAUAGUGCUUUCAUUGCUUGGCAACUUUCGAGUAACCCGGAAUAAAUCUCCUGAAAUAAGAAAAGAGUCCUAAACAUUUUUGCAUAUCUGCGGAAUUAGUUGGUUUCGGAAGGUGCUUAAUUGUCGUGAUGUGAUCAUUAUUUGGCUUAAUUCCAUCUAUGCUUAAUGUGAAUCCCAAAAAUUCUAUACUAGUGUAACAAAACAGACACUUGCUUAACUUAUUUUCUGAUCUAUAUUCUGCUAGGAGACGUACUCAAGACAACAAAGUGUUGUAUGGUUUUGGUUCCAUUGCUGAUUUGGUGUACUUUUUCUCCGGGCACGUCUUUAUAGUGUGGCUGAGAGAGCCGCAACGGAAGCAGGACCCCUUCGCACGUUUGGGAGCCUUGCAAUCUGAAGCGUAGUGUUCAAACAACGAACAAUUGUAGCAUCGCGUCUCACCAUUCGAUGUUAAUGAAGAUUGUGCUGAAGUUGAAGCUGAAGAGAUAGUCGAUGAGUUCCAUUUUGGUUUGUUUUUUGCUCUUAAGUCCGCAUAUCGAUGAGAUAAUUCCUUAAGCUCGUUGAUAGUUUUCGCUCCAUAGAGCAAGGCGAUGGCUGGCGACGUGUCGCGGAAACCAUCGAUGAUAAAGUGGACUGCUUCAAUCUCACAUACACUUUCACACAACGCCAACUCUUGCAUCUGCAAAAUGUACCCCAUAACGGAUGUUUUUGCCGGAAUGUAGAAAGUUUUCUGAAGUUGCAUCACUAAUUGAGUUGUCAAACAUGCCUUAUCAAAUGUUUUCAGAAAGUUGGUUUUAAAUUGGUCAUAGUUUUCUGAAAGUCGAGCCGCAUGAAUGUG